AUGUGGACGCUGUUGGUGAUCACUGCCCUCAAGUGUCACAAAUACGACAAAAACAUCCAGGUGACAGGAAGCGCCGCCCUCUUCUACCUCACCAGCGCAGAAUACCGCACGGAGCAGAGCAUCAAAUUGCGGCGGCAAGUCAUCCAAGUGGUGCUGAACGGCAUGGAGUCGUACCAGGAAGUGACGGUGCAACGCAACUGCUGCUUGACCCUCUGCAACUUCAGCAUCCCGGAGGAGUUGGAAUUCCAGUACCGUCGCGUCAAUGACCUGCUCUUGAAUAUCCUCAACCCGACCCGGCAGGACGAGUCCAUCCAGCGCAUCGCUGUGCACCUUUGCAACGCCCUGGUGUGCCAGGUGGACAAUGACCAUAAGGAAAUGGUCGGCAAGAUGGGCUUUGUCAUGACGAUGCUGAAGCUGAUUCAGAAGAAGUUGGUGGACAAAACGUGCGAUCAGGUGAUGGAAUUCUCCUGGAGCGCCUUGUGGAACAUCACAGACGAGACCCCCGACAACUGUGAAAUGUUUCUCAACUAUAGCGGCAUGAAACUGUUCUUGGAGUGCUUGAAGGAGUUCCCAAACAAACAGGAGCUGCACCGCAAUAUGCUGGGCCUUCUGGGGAAUGUGGCGGAGGUGCAAGAACUCCGCCCCCAGCUGAUGACCUCACAGUUCAUCAGUGUGUUCAGCAACCUGUUGGACAGCGAAGCGGACGGGAUCGAGGUGUCCUACAACGCCUGCGGGGUCCUCUCCCACAUCAUGUUCGAUGGACCGGAUGCCUGGGCGAUUGCUGAGCCACGCAGAGAGGAAGUUGUAGACAGGAUGUGGGCAGCAAUUCAACGCUGGGACGUGGACUCCAGAAGAAACAUUAAUUACAGGUCCUUCGAGCCAAUCCUUCGACUCAUUCCUCAAGGUAUCUCUCCAGUGAGCCAGCACUGGGCAACGUGGGCGCUCUACAACCUUGUCUCUGUCUACCCAGACAAAUACUGCCCUCUACUGAUCAAAGAGGGUGGGCUCCUCCUCCUGCGGGACAUGAUUAAAAUGACUUCGGCACGACCAGAAACCAAGGAAAUGGGAAGGAAAGUCAUAGAACAUUGCAAUAAUUUUAUGGACGAGAAUAUGGACACGUCAAGAUAGAGGCGACUACCGUGGCUGUCUCUUGCCGGCACUGGAUCCAGCAUCUCUCUGAUUCACUGUACAUAGGUUGGACUUUCUCACCAGCUUAGCUGUCGGAAGGAAGCCUUUAUGAAUAUUUGUAUGUGUGCGUGUGUGUGCGCACAAGCGUGUAUGUACAGAGACCGUCAGCAAGUGGAAAUGCACAUGAGUAGCAGUGGCCAGGGGAACAUUUUGCACAAGAGAAUGCGUUCCGUUAAGUAGCGGUGGGUAUUUUCCCCCUCCUUUUGUUUGAGAAGUACAGAUUGGGAUUUGUGUGUUUGUGUGUGUUUAUGAUUUCUGUAUAUAAAAAAAAGAGCAACGAUGGCAUCGUGUCAUCUGCCGACCUUUUCCAGAGCACGUGAGAUGCACCCAGUGGGCGUGAACGCAAAGAACUGGCUGUAAGGUGGAUCUGUAGCUUUCAUCUCCUUUCUUUUCUUAACUUCCUUAAAUGUCUGGACUAUUGCCCUCUGGUUUUUGUUGCAUGAAGUCUUGUGACGGUCCUGCAAAAGAGCAGAUGAUCCAAAAUUAGUGCGGUCGGGUGGGGAAAUAGACAAACAAGUGCCAGUAGCAGUAGUGUUGGGGCAGGGGCCUCGGGCCAGUUCAGGAGCAGCUGGGCAACGGACCCAGGAAUCAGUUCGGACUCAGCUCCCUUGUAAGGCUAGGCAGAAUGCUUUAAGUCCCCUGAUGUCACCUGACUCCUUCUGAGCUAUAGUUUCAUCCUCUGGCCAUCCACAGAUACUGGCCCCUCCCCCUCCCUCUCUGAAGUGAAGCAGAGAGCAAGCCUUCUCCACUCCCAAGAGACCCCAGUGGCCCAGAGGUUACGGGCCCAGAGGUUACGGAAGGUUAAGGGUUCAAGAUCCCCUUGCAGGUGAGAAAUUCAGGUUUAAAACCUUGACUAUAAGUGCUGAUGCUUGUCAGUAAAACACCCCAGGGAAGGCUAAAAGCAUUUGCAUCUCAAAUUAUUUGGAACAGAAAAUCAAUGUUUAGGUGCACAUAACAGUGCUGUGGCCUAAAGCAAUCGGGCAUCACAGUGGACCACACAGCUCAUGCCUCUUGUGGCAAGAAAACUAUGGGCGUGCCAGAUUCUUCUGAAGAUGUAUUUCGGGUUUGCCAGAUGUAAUCUUCUUCCUCUGUCUGUAGUGCGAAACCACGGAGCUAUCAUGCUGUUAAUAUAGGAACCAGCUUCUUUCAUGGAGGGCAAAGAGGUUGCUUUCUGUGUUGUAAGCUACUGAGGGCAAAGUCUCUUUCUUGUGCUGAAUUAUUAUUUUCUGGGACCCUCCAUCCAAUAUGAAAAAGGUCUGUGGCUAUCAGAAUGACCUCGAAAUGGACCGCCCGUGGACAGGAGUAGGGUUUCAGUGUGCGUGGGAGGCUCUGUGGGCAUUGAGGGAAAUAUUAGUUUUUUUUCAAUUUGAAACAAACGAAAAACAUUUUCUGAUGAGGACUGAGCAUGCUCGCAGCUCUCCCAGGUGCUGAGUGCACAAAAGGGUCAGGGAGAAAAUAGAGCAGAACAGAAGAGGGGGGGGAAGGGGGCUGUUGAUUUCCUCCUGCCCUUCAUGGCUGAUAGUGCAGAGUAUAGAGAAGAGCGGAAGGCAUUCAUUUACCCUUCCCCAAAAUUCCUUCAUGGACUUCUUCCUGCCUGUCUUCUAGCCCUGUCCUCCGUCCCCAAUCUAGAACAAUGGCCGUUUUGCGAGCAUUUGGAACGCAUGCCUUAGGAGGGCACUGGGUGGACUUGAAGCCACAUGUGUUCAAAUAACAUUCAGGUGGUGCUGUAAACCGCAGUUUGUUGAAACCAGCGGUUUUGCACGACAGUCGCCAGUUGCAUUCUACUAGAGGCAAGCAACAAAUCCUCGUUAGUCUAUAGUCCCCCAAUCCAUCUACUUCUUCCUCUUUUGUGUUUCUCCCAGCAGCGAUGACAUCCUCUCUCGAUGGGCAGGGUCACUCCACAAACCAUGCUUUGUAACUUCAUAACACUAUUAGUUCAUGUACUGAUUCUGAGCCGGCUGCAAACCCUUGUUUGAAACUUGGACUUUGGUUAGUUCCGCUAUCUGCAGUCAAAUAUCUCACAGUUACAUGGUAUUUGAUCAAACCGCAGUUUAGAAGUAUAGUUCAAGGGUCUGCAACCUGCGGCUCUCCAGAUGUCCAUGGACUACAAAUCCCAUCGGCCCCUGCCAGCAGAGGCCGAUGGGAUUUGUAGUCCAUGAACAUCUGGAGAGCCGCAGGUUGCAGACCCCUGCUAUAGUUUUUCGUGGUGCCUGAAUCCACCCACAGUGAAUAGGAGCCAAAAGCCCCUGUGCUUUCUCGUGCUGAUGUACCAAGGCUGCCGGGCACGAACUCUCUUAGUCAUCUCUCUUCCAACCACGAUGCACAGUUUUCAGUGUCUCAGAUCAGAAGAGCCUUAAGAAUCGUGAGCCGAGGAAAAGUUCCAUAGAACAUGAUGAGGAUGUGAGUGUAGCAGGGGAAGGCAAUUCCCUUCCGUCAAGGAAGCAGAUGGGGGGGCUGAGAUGUGCAGUCACUUAAUGAGUAGAAUCAGUGAGUUGGAAAAGAGUCUCCCUUAACUGGGCUCCGGAUUCCUUUUUAUCCAUUGUCUCCGUACAGAUGUGUAUGUAAGCUAUUACCGGCAGGCGUCCUCUUAGAGGAGGCCUUCCCCUUUCUCCCGUACUCUGAAGGGAAUGCCUCUUCUGAGUUGGCACCUGCUGGGACAUGUAUGUGAAUCAUCUGAAAACAAGUAAAAUUAUUUCCCUCCCUCCA